GGAGUUGCAGAGCAGAGAGCUCACGGCAGUUCUCGUUGGGCCAGUCCCCGAGAAGUUGGCAUUCAGUCGCCACGCAACGUCCGCCAGUCGAGGUUGCCCGGCUCCACUUGGCGGCACUCGAUCGAGUGGCCAAAAACAAAAAAAAACAGAGUUUGCGAGGCAGCAGCCCAAGGAACCCUUUCCAAAGCCAAGUUCUGGCCUUUGGGCCGCAAAAGUGCAGCGACAGUCGAGCCGAGAGCCUCCAGCGAAGCAGUCGCAGGUGCUCUCAGUGCCAUCGAGAACUUAGCAAAUUGCCAAAACCGAAACAAAAGCAUUAAUGAGAAACAUAAAUUCUAAGCAAUCAAGUGAUCAGCUAGCGGAAUCUGAAACCGUUAAGUACACUUUGCUGUGUCUGUGUGUUGUACUCUCGUACUGGCCAAGUUCUGAUACGGCUCCAAUGCUAUCGUGUGUAAUUUAAUUCCGACGCGGGCAUAAUCAAUUCGCCGUAAUCCAUUUGCACUUAAUGCGACGCGCCACCUCCCCAAAAAUAUACGAUACAAACAAAUACAAAGAGCAACUGAAUGGGAAGCCAGAAAAUGAAUAUGACAGGUGUGAGCCGGAAAACUACAGGUGAGUGAGCUGUCAUUAGGGGGCACUUAUUAUUAUCAAGUGACAAGUGGUAAAGGGUGGAGAUUCAAAGAUAAAGGGAUAUUAUAUGGUAAAUAUCAAGUAUCCGCCAUGGGUACGAAAUACAUAAAGGUACUUUGUAUUUGGGCACUAUUUUGAGGUCUAUAAAAUAGCUACCGAAUUGUAGUAAAACAGUAAGUUUCAAGUUUUAAGCCCGACAAUUUUGAAGAAACGAGUUCAGAAAGAGCUAGGAAUGUGCUAUAGAAACCCCCUGCAACAAUUCUUCCUUUUGUCAGCCAUCAUUUCUUUGCGUACUUUCUCAAUGCAAUAAACGAGUCAUCAAUCUAACCGACCCGAUUCAUCAGCACAUUUGCCACGCUUUUCCCGAGCAGCCAGCCAACGCUUUCCGUUCCCGUUGGCCAUGCAAAUUCCUUGCCCAAAAAAAAUGGGUUGUUGGUCAAUAACACUGCCAAUCACUUUGUGCCUAAUCAUGCGUCGCACUCGCUCAUCUGCCCUUCUGUUUGGGCCUUGUUUGCGGCUCACGAUAAAUGAUGUUAAAUAGUCCGUGGCCGGAAUGAAUUCGCAGUUUGUGUGGAGCCCGCAAAACUAAUUUCUUUACACGUGAGCGGUUAUCUUAUCGCAUGAAUUCAGCGCCCUUAUCAGCUGGUCGAAAGUGACAAUUCCAUUUGGCGGGCUACCCCGCUGACUGCUGAUAAGCAAAUUAGCUCUAAUUGAGCUAAGCCGGCCAAAAGCGGCGAGCAAAUAACUUGGAAUUGGGGGCGUUAACUUCGAACUUCUAAAGGCCUAAGCCGCUGCAGCCUCGGGCGGUUCUCACAUUUGUUAUGGCCAAAAGCUGAGGAACACCAAAAAAAAAAAAAAAAAUAGAAUAUCAUAAUAAGAAAAGUGGCCGCAAAGAGUGCUUAAAGAAGGCGAGUGGACGAGGGGAGGACAGGUGAAACUAGCCCAAAGAAAAGAAUUUCUACUUAUAACGAGUUUUUAUUACAAACGCGCGAAAGCGGCUAGGCAGCCGAAAAUGUACUAAAAAAAAGAAGACUGAAAUGGUAAAAUAGAAAAUAAAUGAAAAAGGAGUAGCUGAAAAGGUAGUAAAAAUGGGCAAAGCGAGCGAGGCUAACUGAAUUCCUUCUGGGUGGCUUAAAGGGGACGAGCGGCGGAAGGGUUGCACAUAAAAAGUAACAGCAUUUUUGCCUACACUCAAAGUAAACAGUAGUGCAUUUCCUUGUACUCAGUUGUUGAUAAACGAGUAUUAUAUUUGAUUCACAAACUUAAGUUCCUACAAAGAUGAAAUAGAAAAAUUUAAUGAAUGUACCACUUAGACUGUUUUACUUAGUUUCUUUUCUGGGCUAAAGAACCAUAGACAUUGUGGUGCAAUGCAAAUACAUACUACUCUCCUAUUUCUUUUCUGAGUGUAGACGCUGACAGAGAGGGCGCUUAAGGUUGGCCGGGAAGAGAGUUGCGGAGAGAGCGGGAGAGGGAGCGGCAGACAGAUGAAGACCAAGACUGCGAAAGCAUGAAGCAACAUUAUUCAAAAGAAAGCCAAGUUAAGGCAUGCACACACACACACACAAACCCACGGGCGAAAUAAAGAGACAGAUACAUGGCAGCAUAAUGCAGCAGCGAGAGAGUGAGCGAUAGUGUGGGGGGGUUGGGUGGUGCUGGUGAGUUGGGUGGCAGAUCGGGCCAGGCAUUAAACAUCAUUCAGCGACUGCGACGCCGGCUGCGAUGCCAGCUGCUACGCCGACUGCGGCAGCGACGCCGGCAACAAUCACAUGCCGACAUUCUUUCAUUCGUACAACGACCUCGACUUUGAUUUGCAGUUUUGGCCAACAAAGAGAGCCGCUUCGGGCCAACACUGAGAGACCCGGCUCGCAACGGCCUCUAGACGACCUACACGCCUGAGCAAUGGCCGCGAAGAGAGCGCCGUCGGCUUUCUUCGGUUCGCCGAACGGUCGGCCAUAGCUUUGCUCGCUCGCUGGCUGCGAAACUCCAUUCAUUCGUGCUGCGCGUCUCGCCUGUGCCGGUUGUCUGCUGUCUUUCUCCUGCCUCUCUCUCUUGCCCAGCCGCCUGCCGCCUGCCGCCUGCCGCCCUCCCCCCAUAAACACACACAAACAGACUCACACUCUGACAGUGCAAAUGUUAAACAAAGACAAAGGCAGUAACACACACAGAAACAUUAACAAACACAGUGCUCCAGCUAAAUAAGUGCAAAAAUCAUACAAAAAUAUUCCAGACAAAAUAAAAUACGAGAAAAAAAAAAAGAAAAGAAAAGUGAACAAUCAGCCGAAAAACUGUGGGGCCCAGCCAAUGCGUCAUUCCCGCAGUCGCUCAAUCCGGCAACAAGAGCUAUCGCCACAGACACGAGUAUUCGCACUCACAUUCGCACUCGCACAGUUGCAGCUACAAUGUGCGAACGACAGGCCCAGACAUCGCACCCAUACACCCGGAUUGGGCAUUAUAGAACCGAGAUUUAGCUCAAGAGAUCGGAACUAGAGAAGCUAGCAGGGCAGUGCGGUACUUGAAACAAGUUUCUAGAAUUUCAACUACUUCAAUGGAAAGUACUUGGCGCCUUGGCCCUUGGAUACUGAGUAUCUAGCUUAAAUCAGAAACUCCCAACUUAUUCGAUGACAAUGUUAAGAUGUCAAGUUCUAAAGUUCAAAUGCAAAAUGUUUCGAAUGAAUUAAGAGCAGUGCUUUCAUUUAAAGCUUGUACGAAGAGUCUGACAAAGCAAUGACACCUUGUGAUAAACCGAAUUCCUGCAACGAUUUUCGCCCAGUGUAGAUUGGCAGACAGCAGGCAGACUGAAAGCAGUGGGAGUGGGAACAGUGGGAGGGGCGCCACACAGUUAUCAGUCGCAGUCGCAGUCUCGUUCUCAGCCCCAAACUCGGACUCAGUCUCAGUCUCAGAAACUGAAACAGACUUCAAAUCAGACUGCGGCUGAAACUGAGACGCUGCUGUCGGCGUUGUCUGGAAUUCGUAUUGCCCAUAUGCGAACUCACACACACACACUCACUUAGACACCGUGUGCCACACGCCCAUUUGCACACAUGGCCAACCGGAUGUUGCAGCCAUCUUUGUCAUCUUUUUCAAUCUCAGCCUUGGCUAAGGUCGCUCCUGCUGCCAUCCGAUGUCCCAUCAACCAGAAAGAGACGGGAGCAGAAAGCGAGCGAGCGAGAAAGAGCCGGCUGGCUGGCUGGCGUUGCCGUGAAGUCGUGAAUUUAUAACAAAACGCUAGACUCGGCGACUCUGACCGACUGGUUUGGCGUGUUGGCCCGGCUGAAAUGGUUUUUUUUUAUGGCUAUAACAAGCAAGCAGAGCCAGCAACAACUGAAUCAAAAGCAUAAAAAUGCCGCAACCCAAAAACCCACUACACAAAUUCUGAAUGGGCAAACAUCUGAAUAUUCGAGAUGAUCGAAUACGAGGGAGAGAGGGAGUGGAGUGGAGAAGCGGCGAUAAGGAAGUGCGGAUGUCUUUGGGGUCGUGCUUGCAAGAUGGAAAUCUUAAUCCAAACGAAUGGAAAUGGAAGUCGAGGAGCACAGCUCACACACACAUGCAUACACAUGAAAGGACUUCUUGGGAACCCAGGCACUUCCGGAAUGGAUGGCCCGACUCCUGCCAGCUGGAUCCUCCGGUCUGAACCAACUUGACUCCGGGAUCUUGGAGCAACUCGAGUCGGACGCUUCAGAUAAGACUUCGUUCGUCCGGCGGAGAAUAUUUCUGGAUUCAGGAGUCAGGUAAGCAAUUGCCCCAAGGAUGCCUGUGGAUGCCUUUGGAUGCCUGAGCAAACAAUCAUUAAUAUCAAUUUGACUCCGACCCGUUCGACUUCUUCUGUUUAUGACUGGCUGCAGCAGGGACACGAAUAAUUUAUUUAGUUCAUUUUGGUUACUCGCCUGCGGCAGAUGCUCCAUCUUUACUUCCGCCCGGCCGCAAAACCGAUUGCCUCGUUUGAUUCAUGGCAAAUAAACAAUAAAUGAAAUUACCACAUUUGAUUGCCGGGCUCAGAACAAUUUUGUUAUUCCCCAUGUGCGUUCGUAUGCCCGAAAUCGUCGUUCCUGUCACACUUCGAGUGCGUAAAUGACUAAAUGAAUGGAUGCAUUAUGUAUGCUGGCCGUUGCUGCGAUGGGUUCAAAUUGAUUUUUAAGUUACGACCAUACGCAUUUAUUUGGCAAUUGGACGUAGACGGUUGCCCGUUCCAUUCCGUUUCUCCGAUCUUCGGCUGCCAAUGCCAGGGAAUUGCAAUUCCAUUUCGCCAUGCAUUCUCCUCAAGGAGCAUGUGUGUUAUGGAUGUCCUUUGGCCUGGCCAACGGCAGAGAUUUAUGGGCGAACGCACAAAAACGUUCAUUGAAAACACAUUUUCCAUUUGGCCCUACCCCCCCUCAUCAACCCUCUGCACACUUCGAAGUGCAAAUUCAAUAAAGCAUUAUAUAAUAUGGCCAAGACCUAUACCCACACAUCCAAGUGGCAUGGCUGUGACUGCGUUGCGAGUGCAAUAAUUUACAACAUUUUAAUCGAAUUAGACGCAACCCCAUGCGCUGGUAGACGGAAUAUGGUAGAUGGGCACUGGCCAAGAAGCAAAAUGCAUUUUAAGUGCCGCCUGGCAGAACUUUGGCACUUGGCAGCUGAAUUCGCCACCAGCAGCGGAAAGACAAAAAGAAUGGCACACCCCGGGCCAAGGGAAUAGCACUUGAACAUGUGCCAGCAAAUCUGCGCCAGGCCGGCUGUCUUGAAUGCCAUUCGAAAUGAAAAAGGAUUUAAGGUCUGCGAUGGCCACCGUAAUUAUCGGCCAGGUUGCACUUGUGCUGGCCCAGUCUUAAACUUUGUGGCAUAGAAGUAUUUCAUCAGCAGGAUUCUAGUUCUAAUCAAAAGUAUAUUAUUCAGCACUUCUAAUAUCAAAAUCAUGCUGCAUAUUGUCGCUAUCUUUUAAGUUUUUGACACAAUCUUUGCGAAUCCGAUGAUAUCGUGUUCAUGUACAUCAAUAUUUAGCUCAAUAAACAGCAAUUUAAAACCAGUUUUAUCAUCUUUCACAACUUGCAACAAACAAAGCGAUAAAUUUUACAGCUUUCAUAUAAAGAUUUUAUUUUCAAAAUUUAUAGUUAUACGCUCGUAAGUUUCAUUCACAUUUCGAUUGAAUCGAAUCCUGAUCCAAGACAAAUUUUUAUCUUCUCUAAAUUGGCUGCAUUCAGUUUGAGUGUUCUAAUAAUGAAAUCUCCUGUAGAUUUUCUUCCUGUAUUUUUUUUUUGUGAUUUUAAACAGUUGAUUUCAGGCCACAUGCCGGCGUUGCAAGUGCAAGUGCAACGGGUGCAGGCGGAACGCGAAUUGUCAUAAAUUCCAGGCAAUAAAUUUCUAUUUGUUUUAUUUCGCCAUUCUAUUAUUCGUUGCCUCGGCACAAUGGCAGUUAUGUCGGAGCCAUCCGGAGCCCCUUUUCCACGUCUCUCAGCGAAGCGUGCUAAAAUAAAAACGCUGCUGCUUUUCUUGGAUUUGCGUUGAAUUUUCCUUUAUUUUUCCGCCUCAGUUUUCAUUUUACGUUUCUGGCUGCCGGCUUGCGACUUUUGUUCUGGCCUGAUUUCCCUGACUGCUGCACGACUGCAGCUCGAGUCGCAGCUGCAGUAUGCAGCUAGCAACCGAAUGUAGAAUGAUAAUGAAAUCUACCGGAAUCUGCUUAUUUUCUCUCUUUUCUUUUGCCCCAUCUUGGUGCGCUAAUAACUUUUGUCUUUCGGGCCCUGAAAAUCGAUAGAGCUCAUUGGUUCAUGGCAGGCGGAAAAUCCUAAUCCGCUAAGCACCCAGGACACAUGCUCAUCGCGGCUUGACAUCUAAUGAGCUCACGGGCUGAAAGCUGUCGCAGUUUCAGUCUCAAUUUGAAUUUGAGUCGGCAUCUUUAACUUUGCAUAGUUUUUUUAAAUCCAUGGCACUCGGCUGAUUCCAUUAGCUGUCGUGCGGCUGCCACUCUGAUUGCAUUAACCGACGAGCUAGUGGCCGUGCCCUGGAAAGUAUGCUACACGAAUCAGAGUUUGCGUGUCCUUACUGCCUGCAGUUGCACUUGCAGUUGCCUUUCGCUGCUGCUGUUGCGAAUGACAUGCAAACGUUGCAUUAUGAAUGUUAUUAUAAAAUCUCGCUAGCUGAGGCGGCGAUUGUGUGUGUGUAUGCAUUUAAACGACUCUAUUUACCACAAAAUGGCUGCCAAACAACAACAUGCCAGCAAACAAUGAACGAUAAUAAUAAUGACACAACAGCAACAGCAGCAGCAGCAGCAGCUAAAGUAGCAGCAACAACAACAACAGCAGCAGCAGCAGCAGUAGCAGCAGCUGAAAAGGCAAACGUUUUAAUGGCCACAACGAAAUAUACUCUAGUGGGAGUUACGAGUACCAGGCUUUAGUGUGUGUGCGCUCUGCAGCUAUUUAAAAUUUAAAUAAUAGCAGAAUACAACGAACAAGAAAAAAAAAGAGAAGAACAACCACACGGAAUAAUAAUAAAUCAUGGCAAAUAUAUAUUUUCAUACGCACAUGCAUGGCUUACUAGACGUAUGUGUAAUAUGGCCAGCUACAUUGUUGGCAGCGUUUUGCCCAUUUGGGCCAAUGUUUUGGCCUGGCGCCGCGUGUUGAUUUAAUAGUCGUGGUCACAGGCAUUAUGGCAUGCUCAUGAUUGCCCCGAAAAUACGUGAGACCGACCACUCCCUUCGCCUCUCGACCAUAUAUCGCACAUUGUUCCGGCUUGGGCUUUUCAUGCAAAUUUCCAUGCCAUUAUUUAUUGUGUAUUUAAACAGAUUACGUGUAAGCAGCGUGGGAGCGGCGAAAGGCACCAGGACUCCCACAUCCUAAUGGCCAGCUACGCAGGUUGCAAAAUUGAAAAAGGCGAAAAAAUGGGUGAAAAAAAGCGUAAACUGAUGAGAUGGCAGCCAACCAAGACGUCGACAUCUGUAAUCCCCGCCUGCAAGUGUGCCAUAAAAAUUCAAAUUCGCCCCAGCUCAUAUGCUCAACAAAUCCCACUUAAUUGUUGGUGCGGUGGUUCUGCAAUGAAAUUUCAUGUAUUCUAAUUUAUGCAAACCUAACAAAGGACCGCCGUUGCUGGCCACAUUGCGCCUUCAGUUUUGUUUCGUUCUGCACUUGUGCAUAAGUACAAUGGCUGAAAUAAAAAACCAGGGGAGUCAGAAAGUAAAAAAGUAUGGCAAAAGGAAAAGAAUCCCGAAUAAAAUGCAGUGCCAAACAAAUGCAAACCAAGCUCAGCUGAGGCGAAACAGUCAGGCAAGCAGCCAGCGGGCCACUUGGCGUAUACGUAAUUCGCAUUUGGGCAACAGCAACACGAACAACAAUUGCAAUGGCUACGUGCCAAGGCAGCGGAACAGGGACAGCAAAAAGGACGAUCCAGAGCGAAUGAGAGACAGAGUGCGAGAGAGAGGGGCAGAGAGGCCAGAAGGUAAACGGUAUUAAUGGCAGGACCUUCUUUUUGGCAGCAGUUGGCAAGCGUAACAGAAAUAGCUGCAAUGCGACUUUUUCGCUUUUUGGCUGUUGAUGUCUUUUCUGCUGUAUGUUGCACGUGGUGCACGUCCGUAUGUCUGUGUGCCUGUAUAUAGCGACUAUAUCUAUCCAUUGCAGCAACAUACAAAUCACUUGAAACUUUACGGAUAUCCCUUGUUCCGAUUCCAAAAACAGCCCCAUAAGUAAUCGAAUGCUAAUGGAAAACUGUUGCUCAUAAAUAUGCCAGCCAGCAAUUUGUCGAAGGCUGGCCAUAAAAACUACAAGGGCCAUUUAACUUAUGAGUGCUGUAGGCCCAUCCCCGCUAAGCAUCCCCCGCCCCAUUGCCCUUUGCCCAUCCGCCCCCUGGGCCACCUUAGAUUCCUUCCUUGGCCGGGGCCAAUUGCCAGCGGCGUCAGCGUCGACGGCUCUUCAGCGUCAUCAACACAUCGUGACGAAGGAUGAAAACUGGCGACUGGUGACUGAAUGCUGGUUGCUGGAUGCUGUAUACGGAAUGCUGAAGGAUGGCUGAAGGAGAUGACGUAGUGUCAGCCGAAGAAAAGAAAAACGAGGAGCAACAGCAGUGCACCGCCAACUUGUCAACGGAGCGGCACGCCUAAUGUCCUUUUGAUAGGCCCGCUGGCCGCUGCAGGAAGCGGCGACCGGCAAGGGAGGAAGUGGUGUCCACUGCAGCGGCGCCAGCGCUUGAUAAAUUAUCAUGUGAGCGGUGGGCAGGAAGACGGAGGGUCAGGAACCGGAGGAAGUGGCAGGAUGCGGCUGGCAGCUGCAGCAAAUGAUGCUGCAUAGAACUAACCCGUUCACCUGCGACGACUUUUAAUCUAUUUUAAAUGUGAUACGAGACCAUGGUAAUGGUACGGUGCGA